AUGGCCGACAACAACAAUCAGCAGCCCGGUCUCAUCGGCAGCCACGCCCAAUACGUCAAGGGAGCCGCAGAGGCUACCAUUGGCGCCAUUACCGGCUCUCAGCCAUGGAAGGCCUCUGGUGAACAAGACAAGGCAGCAGGUCUUGCCGAUAUGAAGAAGGCUGGCGAGCUUCGAGCGCAGAGCGACCCGAACCACGAGAAGGGAUACGGAAAGGUCGAAGAGGUCGCUGGUAGACUUACCGGCUGCCAGGGUAUGGAGCGAGAAGGACACGAGAGCGCAGCACACAAGCAGGAAUAA